AUGGCAGCUCCGCCAACAGAAUCCGUUCCCUUUUCCGUCAAUGGCAAGACCGCCAUCGUAACAGGCGCUGGAUCUGGAAUCAACUAUUGUUUCGCAAAAUUACUGCUCUCCCGCAACUGCAAUGUAGUCAUCGCCGACCUAAGCCUCCGCCCCGAAGCCCAGAAAGUCGUCGACGAGCAUCAAUCGAAAGAGGAGGGCAAGCCGAGAUGUGUAUUCGUCAAGACGGAUGUUGUGCAAUGGGGAGACCUCGACAACAUGUUCGCAACGGCGGACACAGAGUUUGGAGGAGCAGAUAUUCCACACUGGACGAACUUCUGGCAUCCACCCGGCACUGCCAAGUCGAAAGACUCGGCCAACCCACCCGAUGGAGUAGGCCACUACGCCUUACUCGACAUCAACAUCACCCACCCAAUCCGUGUCACCCAAUUAGCCAUCGCCAAAUGGCUGAACCCGGACCCUUCGAGCAAAGUCGGCAAAGUCUCGACCACGAAUCCGAAGCGUGUCGUACAUAUAAGCAGCAUUGCCGGCCAAGCACCCAGCUUUUCGGCACCAUUGUACAUUGCGAGUAAGCAUGCGAUUAGUGGCUUUGUCCGAUCGAUGGCACAGCUUGAUACUCUUGGUAUAAGGGUCAACGGUGUUGCUCCCGGCGUGAUUAAAACACCGCUCUGGACCGAGCAUCCCGAGAAGAUGACCAUGAUCGACGAGGCUCGUGACAAGUGGGUCGAGCCUGAAGAGGUUGCCGAAGCUAUGCUGCGCUGUUGCGAGGACGACGAAGUGGUUGGUGGCUACAUCAUGGAGGUCUCCAAGGGCAAGACGAGGCAUGUGGACUGGAGGAAUGAUCCAGGUCCCAGUGGCGAGGGCAACACUGCGAGCAAUUCUGCUAAUACUAUCGCGGAAGUGUUCGGAUGGUUAGGCGAGGAUGGAUGGGGCGUUGUGAAGGGUGGCGGGAAAAGGAAGCGGGAGAACGGCGAUGUGGGGAGGAAGCCGUAG